CAUGGCGCAGGAGGCAGGUCGCUAAUGGCAGUCUGAGGGAUUUACCCCACCUUCUGUCUUUAUUUAUGUCUGUGUGUUCGGGUGUGUGACAUUACUGAAGGACUACAUCUCUGCCAGGCUGCAGUCCGCCCCCCCCCCUACCCCUAACCCCUAAAACCCCCCCUCCACCAGGACCAGGACCAGGAUCACACCUCGCCCCAAAAAUCACGACAUGUUUGAGGGCAAAAAGACGAAGAACAUGUUCCUGACCCGAGCUCUGGAGAAGAUCCUGGCCGACAAGGAGGUGAAGAAGGCGCACCACAGCCAGCUGAGGAAAGCCUGCGAGGUGGCUCUGGAGGAAAUCAAAGAGGAAUCAGAAAAAUUAAGUCCGCCCGUUGGAGAUGGGAAGUCGGGCUCCAGCACUUUACCACCGAUCAAAUCCAAGACCAACUUUAUCGAAGCAGACAAGUACUUCCUGCCGUUCGAGCUCGCCUGUCAGUCCAAAUGUCCGCGCAUCGUCAUCACCUCGCUCGACUGUCUGCAGAAGCUGAUAGCGUACGGCCACCUGACGGGCAGCGCUCCGGACAGCACGGCCCCGGGGAAGAAGCUGAUCGACCGCAUCAUCGAGACCGUCUGCGCCUGCUUCCAGGGCCCGCAGACCGACGAGGGGGUGCAGCUGCAGAUCAUCAAGGCCCUGCUGACGGCGGUCACCUCGCAGCACAUCGAGAUCCACGAGGGCACGGUGCUGCAGGCGGUGCGCACCUGCUACAACAUCUACCUGGCCAGCAAGAACCUCAUCAACCAGACCACGGCCAAGGCCACGCUCACACAGAUGCUCAACGUCAUCUUCGCCCGCAUGGAGAACCAAGCACUGCAGGAGGCGAAGCAGCAGGAGAGGGAGCGUCACCGGCAGCACUCUCCCGUCACCCCUCACCCCGAGCCCGACUCCCCCAAACUCCACGCUCCGGACCUGGCUCCUCCGCCCCCGCAGCAGAACGGACCCCUCACCCCCACGACUCCCAGCACCACCGUCCCUUCCUCACUUUCCACACCCUGCACCCCCGUCCCCGACGAGAGGACGGUGUCCGGGGAGGAGCGGGAGGAAGAGGAGAGUCCGGAGAACGGUACAGACUUCUGCGAGGCUGAGAACGAGCAGACGGAGGCGGACCAGGCCACGGCCGCAGCUCAGAAUGCAGCAGCUCAGCAGCAUCCAGAACCAGCUGGAGAAGAAGAGGAAGAGGAGGAGGUGAGCCCGGACUUUGAGGAGAAAGCUCAGGAAAUCGUGCAGAGCAUCCUGCAGGAGGUGGUCAACACGGUGGCAGGAGGAACCUGUCUGGACCCCUCCACCCUCUGCUCCGACUCGAAGGCGUCGGGGUCAGAGGGGGAGACUGGGGAGGUGGAAGCUACAGAACGGGAGGCGGGUGAGGAAGCGGUGGAGGUGGUUCAGGGGGGAAACCAGAGCUCUCUGGAGGACGAGGCCACGCUGGGCAGCGACAGCGAGAAUCUGCACGCUAACGGCAUCCCAGGCACGCCCAUAUCUGCAGGAUUCACCCCAAGUCUGCCCGACGACAGACUGUCUCUGUCCUCCACGGACACCCAGGAGUCCGGAGCAGCUCCCGGUCAGCCUCCAGGAGCGAAGUUCUCCCACAUCCUGCAGAAAGACGCCUUCCUCGUCUUCCGCUCGCUCUGCAAACUCUCCAUGAAGCCGCUGUCAGACGGACCACCCGAUCCCAAGUCCCACGAGCUGCGUUCGAAGGUGCUCUCCCUGCAGCUGCUGCUCUCCAUCCUGCAGAACGCCGGGCCCAUCUUCAAGACCAACGAGAUGUUCAUCAACGCCAUCAAGCAGUACCUGUGCGUGGCGCUGUCCAAGAACGGCGUCUCCUCCGUGCCCGAGGUCUUCGAGCUGUCGCUGUCCAUCUUCCUCACGCUGCUGUCCCACUUCAAGACGCACCUCAAGAUGCAGAUCGAGGUCUUCUUCAAGGAGAUCUUCCUCUACAUCCUGGAGACCUCCACCAGCUCCUAUGACCACAAGUGGAUGGUGAUUCAGACCCUCACCAGGAUAUGUGCAGAUGCUCAGAGCGUGGUGGACAUCUACGUGAACUACGACUGUGACCUGAACGCUGCGAACAUCUUCGAGCGCUUGGUGAACGACCUCUCCAAAAUCGCCCAGGGCCGCGGCGGGCAUGAGCUCGGCACCACGCCCAUUCAGGAGCUGACCCUGAGAAAGAAAGGCCUGGAGUGUCUGGUCUCCAUCCUGAAGUGCAUGGUGGAGUGGAGUAAAGACCAGUACGUCAACCCCAACUCUCAGACCAGCCUCGGGCAGGAGAAGCCGUCGGAGCAGGAAAGCUCGGAGACCAAAGCCCCGGAGACGAUAAACCGGUACGGCAGCAUCAACUCUCUGGACUCCACCGCCUCCUCGGGGAUCGGCAGCUACAGCACGCAGAUGUCCGGCACCGACAACCCGGAGCAGUUCGAGGUCCUGAAGCAGCAGAAGGAGAUCAUCGAGCAGGGCAUCGACCUGUUCAACAAGAAACCAAAGAGAGGCAUCCAGUACCUGCAGGAGCAAGGCAUGCUGGGAACCACCCCCGAGGACCUGGCUCAGUUCCUGCACCAGGAGGAGCGGCUGGACUCGACCCAGGUGGGCGAGUUCCUGGGGGACAACGAGCGCUUCAACAAGGAGGUGAUGUACGCCUAUGUGGACCAGAUGGACUUCCAGGGGAAGGAUUUUGUCUCGGCGCUCCGGACGUUCCUCGAGGGCUUCCGUCUGCCUGGGGAAGCCCAGAAGAUCGACCGGCUCAUGGAGAAGUUCGCCGCCCGAUACCUGGAGUGCAACCAGGGACAAACCCUCUUCGCCAGCGCGGACACGGCGUACGUGCUCGCCUACUCCAUCAUCAUGCUGACCACAGACCUGCACAGCCCACAGGUGAAAAACAAGAUGACGAAGGAGCAGUACAUCAAGAUGAACCGCGGCAUCAACGACAGCAAGGACCUCCCGGAGGAAUACCUGUCCGCCAUCUACGACGAGAUCGCCGGCAAAAAGAUCGCCAUGAAGGAGACCAAGGAGCUCACACUCAAGUCCAACAAGCAGAGUGUUGCCAGUGAGAAGCAGAGGCGCCUCCUCUACAACGUUGAGAUGGAGCAGAUGGCUAAGACGGCCAAAGCCCUGAUGGAGGCGGUGAGCCACGUUCAGGCUCCGUUCACCAGCGCUACUCACCUGGAGCACGUCAGGCCAAUGUUCAAGCUGGCGUGGACCCCCUUCCUGGCAGCGUUCAGCGUGGGUCUGCAGGACUGUGACGACACCGAGGUGGCCUCUCUGUGUUUAGAGGGAAUCCGCUUCGCCAUCCGGAUCGCCUGCAUCUUCUGCAUCCAGCUGGAGCGCGAUGCCUACGUUCAGGCGCUGGCCCGGUUCACGUUGCUGACGGCCAGCUCGGGGAUCUCUGAGAUGAAGCAGAAGAACAUCGACACCAUCAAGACCCUCAUCACGGUGGCCCACACGGACGGGAACUAUCUGGGGAACUCCUGGCACGAGAUCAUGAAGUGCAUCAGUCAGCUGGAGCUGGCUCAGCUGAUCGGGACGGGGGUGAAGGCGCGGUACAUCUCCGGCACGGUGCGGAGCAAAGACGGGUUCAUCACCAGCACCAAGGAGCAGAGCAACGACGAGUACCUGGGCCUGGUCGGAGGCACGGUGGACCGUAAGCAGAUUGCCAGCAUCCAGGAGUCCAUCGGAGAGACGAGCUCUCAGAGUGUGGUGGUGGCCGUGGACAGGAUAUUCACCGGCUCCACCCGGCUGGACGGAAAUGCAAUCGUGGACUUUGUGCGCUGGCUGUGCGCCGUCUCCAUGGACGAGCUGGCCUCGCCCACACACCCACGCAUGUUCAGCCUGCAGAAGAUCGUGGAGAUCUCGUACUACAACAUGGGACGUAUCCGGCUGCAGUGGAGCCGCAUCUGGGAGGUUAUCGGGGACCACUUCAACAAGGUGGGCUGUAACUCUAAUGAGGACGUGGCCAUCUUCGCCGUGGAUUCGCUCCGGCAGCUGUCCAUGAAGUUCCUGGAGAAAGGAGAGCUCGCCAACUUCCGGUUCCAGAAGGACUUCCUGCGGCCGUUCGAGCACAUCAUGAAGAAGAACCGGUCUCCCACCAUCCGGGACAUGGUGGUGCGCUGCAUCGCUCAGAUGGUGAACUCUCAGGCGGCCAACAUCCGCUCGGGCUGGAAGAACAUCUUCUCUGUGUUCCACCUGGCCGCCUCGGACCAGGACGAGAGCAUCGUGGAGCUCGCCUUCCAGACCACGGGACACAUCGUCACGAAUGUAUUUGAGAAGCACUUUGCGGCGACCAUCGACUCGUUCCAGGACGCAGUGAAGUGUCUGUCAGAGUUCGCCUGCAACGCCUCGUUCCCCGACACCAGCAUGGAGGCGAUCCGCCUCAUCCGACACUGCGCUAAAUACGUGUCCGACAGACCCCAGGCGUUCAAAGACUACACCAGUGACGACAUGAACGUGGCCCCCGAGGACCGGGUCUGGGUCCGAGGCUGGUUCCCCAUCCUGUUCGAGCUGUCCUGCAUCAUCAACAGGUGUAAGCUGGACGUCCGCACCAGGGGUCUGACUGUGAUGUUCGAGGUGAUGAAGACGUACGGACACACCUUUGAGAAGCACUGGUGGCAGGACCUGUUCAGGAUCGUCUUCAGGAUCUUCGACAACAUGAAGCUCCCCGAGCAGCAGACUGAGAAAGCGGAGUGGAUGACGACCACCUGUAACCACGCGCUGUACGCCAUCAGCGACGUGUUCACGCAGUACUUCGAGUCUCUGAGCGACGUGCUGCUGGACGACAUCCUGGCUCAGCUCUACUGGUGCGUGCAGCAAGAUAACGAGCAGCUGGCCCGCUCCGGCACUAACUGCCUGGAGAACGUGGUGAUCCUGAACGGGGAGAAGUUCUCUCUGGAGACCUGGGACAAGACCUGCACCUGCAUGCUGGACAUCUUCAAGACCACCAUCCCUCAUGCGUUGCUCACGUGGAGGCCUGCAGAGGGGGAGCACCCGGCAGCUCAGAGCCUGGCGGACAAACAGCCGGACUCCGUUUCCCAGAAGUCUGUGGACAUCCAGAGCCGCUCCGACGACCAGCACUCCAUCAGCAGCGCCGACCAGGUGGCCAUGGAAACACGCCGACAGAGCCAGUAUGGCACCACGACCAUCAAGCUCCAGGAGCAGCAUCUGUUCUCUGCCCUGCUGAUAAAGUGUGUGGUGCAGCUGGAGUUGAUCCAGACCAUCGAUAACAUCGUGUUCUUCCCCGCCACCAGCAGGAAGGAGGACGCCGAGAACUUAGCUGCUGCACAGCGUGACGCCUCCUCUUCAGCGGACGCCCCCCCCGAGCUGCAGGACCCCGGCAUGUACCGCUACCUGACCUCGGAGCAGCUGUUCAAGCUGCUGGACUGCCUGCUGGAAUCGCACCGCUUCGCCAAGGCCUUCAACUCCAGCGUGGAGCAGAGGACACAGCUGUGGAGAGCCGGGUUCAAAGGGAAGUCGAAGCCCAACCUCCUGAAGCAGGAGACCAGCAGCCUGGCCUGCGGGCUGAGGAUCCUCUUCAGGAUGUACACCGACCAGAGCCGGAGCACCGCCUGGGAGGAGGUGCAGAGACGGCUGCUCAGUGUGUGCAGCGAGGCCGUAGCGUACUUCCUGUCUCUGACGUCAGAGAGCCACAGAGAGGCCUGGACCAACCUGCUGCUCCUCUUCCUCACCAAAGUACUGAGGAUCAGCGACGACAGGUUUAAGGUGCAUGCGUCCAGAUACUACCCCCUGCUGUGUGAGAUCAUGCAGUUCGACCUGAUCCCUGAGCUCAGGGCCGUCCUCAGGAAGUUCUACCUGCGCAUCGGCCUGGUCUUCAACAUCGCUCAGCUGCCCGAGCAGGAGGAGGCACAGUGAUGCUGCUCCACACACACACACACACACACGCCUUUACUCACACACACCACGUCCUGCCCCGGGACACACUACUGACUAACAGCUCUCCAUACCCGUGAGCCGCUCAGGAGGAAUAUGUUUGUGCUUCUUACUGUAUUUAAAGCGGAUAGCAGAUGUAGUGAGGCUAACGUUAGCACUGCUAGCCUCCUGGGUGACCCUGGUUGUACAGACCCUGGCUGUGUAAUAUAACCUGAUAACACUAGAUCUCAUUUAUUUUCUUUAUGUGUUCCUCUGGACUGGCUGCACUUGAUCUCUCUCUGAAUGCACUGGAGAUUUGUGAUAAUUUAUUCCUCCUGCAGGUCGUCCUCCCGGAAAGUGAAGGGUUAAAUUAUUCCAUUUUAUUUGUUUUAUGUUUUUAUUUGAUUUAGAGAACGAGACCUGAUGAAAGCUGCUUCGAGUCACUAGUCCAUGUUUGAGUUUAGGUUUCACUCGUGUACAAAAUCAGAAGUUAAUAAUAUAUUUAAUCUUUGGUUUGGGGAGAGCUAUCUGUAUAGAGACGACGCUAGCUGUGCUUUAAGAAUGACUGUGAGGCGUUCCUGCUCAUGGAUGUAGAAAACAAAAUGUAUAUGAAACAGCAAUGUAAAGUUUUCUAUGUCGCAAAAAAGAUGAUGUACGACUUUCUGUACGAGACUUCAUCCGGCAUCCUAAUCAGGUUCUAGGUCAAUAAAGUUUUUGAACUUGGAUGAUUUGAAAAACGA